CCUCCAUCCGAGGGGAGGGACUCCGCCCCUCCCCGCCCCCUCGCCCUCCGCCUCGGCGGAGGAGAGCCCCGCCCCACGCAGUCUAGCGUCAGGACCUGGGCCCUCCUCCCGCACCUCGUCUCGGACUUCGGCUCCAGGCUGCUGCGUAGCGGGAACCGGCCCUCUGCAGUCACGAGCCCCAGACCUCAGAUUGGCAGUUGGCGACAUGGACGACAGGAUUGAUAAUCUCUCCGUGGUGGUGCACGGACCCGGGGACCUGCGCUUGGAAAACUAUCCAAUUCAUGAACCAGGCCCAAAUGAGGUGCUGCUGAAAAUGCAUUCAGUUGGAAUCUGCGGCUCUGAUGUCCAUUACUGGAAACAUGGUCGAAUUGGAGACUUUGUGGUUAAAAAGCCAAUGGUGCUGGGACAUGAGGCCUCAGGAACUGUGGUGCAGGUGGGAGCGAUGGUAAAGAACCUUUAUCCAGGUGACAGGGUUGCUAUUGAGCCGGGUGUUCCCCGAGACAUCGAUGAAUUUUGUAAGAUUGGCAGGUACAAUCUGUCCCCCACCAUCUUUUUCUGUGCUACACCCCCGGAUGAUGGGAACCUCUGCAGGUUUUACAAUCACAACGCGGAUUUCUGCUACAAACUCCCUGACAAUGUCACCUUUGAGGAAGGGGCCCUUAUCGAGCCGCUCUCUGUGGGGAUCCAUGCCUGUCGGAGAGGUGGAGUCACUCUGGGAAGCGAGGUUCUUGUGUGUGGAGCUGGACCAAUUGGAAUGGUCAGUUUGCUGGUUGCUAAAGCAAUGGGUGCAUCUAAAGUGAUAGUGACUGAUGUGAACAGCUCUCGACUAGAAAGAGCCAAAGAAUGUGGGGCCACUUUCACCCUCCAGCUCGAUAAAGAGAGCCCCAAGGAAAUUGCCAGUAAAAUAGAAAAUCUCUUUGGAAACAAACCACAUAUCACCAUCGAGUGUACUGGAGUGGAAUCUUCUAUCCAGACCAGCAUCUAUGCCACUCGUCCUGGUGGGACUGUAGUGCUAGUAGGAUUGGGUAAGGAGAUAGUCUCUAUCCCCCUGGUCCAUGCAGCUGUGCGAGAAGUGGACAUCAGAGGAGUGUUUCGAUACUGUAAUACGUGGCCCAUGGCGAUCGCGAUGCUUGCAUCCAAGUUGGUGAAUGUCAAGCCCUUAGUCACCCACAGGUUUCCUCUGGAAAAGGCUCUGGAGGCCUUUGAAACAUCCAGUAGGGGAGAAGGGUUAAAAGUCAUGCUUAAAUGUGACCCUGACGACCAGAAUCCCUAAUACUGAUAGGAGUUUUUGCCCUCUGCCCUGACUCCUCUCCGCUUAGGGCCUCGCUGACCAGAGUGCUUUGGAGGAGAUGGACUUUUUUGUUGAAGUGAUUUAUUUUGAAUCAUUAAGAGUAAAUAAAAACUACACAUUUUAACAGGA